UUCUUCUUCUUCUUCUUCUUCACUUAACCUAACAAAAGAAAUUACAAAUUAUGAAAAUAUAAAUUUAACUUUUUAACAGGACAUUUUGUAAUUAUGAAUUCUCUUAACACCCUAAACAUUAGGCUCAGGAAACCUAUAUUUAAUUAUAUCAAAAGAUGUUUAUCAGAUGAUAUUAAACAACAAAAUGAUAUUUUCACGGCGGAACAAUCUCGACAAAAAGAAGCAGUAGGGCGUAUACAAAAAAUUGAAAUUAACUAUGGAGGACCAGUAGAAAAUGAACUUUUAGUUAUGAACAAAAAUAUUUCAACGCCCUAUGAUUGUGCUAAACAUUUGGGCGAUUCUAUAUGCAACAAAUCCGUAGUUGCUUUGCUAAACGGAGAAACGUUAUGGCACAUGCACAAACCUUUGCCAGAUUCCUGUAAAAUAGAGUUUCUUCAUUAUCAUGUAUCAAACCCAGCUCUAGUAAAUAAAACUUUUUGGAGAAGUUGUAGCUUUCUUUUGGGUGCCGUUGUUUCAGAAGCUUUUAAAGAUAAUGUUAAAUUGUAUUUACAUAGUUUUCCUAGUCCGAAUGUGAAAUCUGGCAGUUUCGUUUAUGACGUACAAUUAGAACUAGAAGACUGGAAACCCACCACAUCGGAAUUAAAAGUAUUAUCAAUCGAAAUGAUAAAGUUCUGCCAGCAGGAGCUUCCCUUGGAAUGUUUGGAUGUCUCGAAAGAUUUGGCAUUUGAAAUUUUCAAAAAGAAUCCCCACAAAACCAACCAAAUACCAGAUAUAGCAGAAAAUAAUGGCGAUAAAGUGACAUUAUUUAGAGCUGGUAACCAUAUAGAUAUUUCCAAGGGACCCAUGGUACCAAACACUAACCAUAUGGGUAGAAUAACUGUCGCCAAUGUUAUAAAAUUAAAUACUGAUAUUGCUGGUGGGCCUAUUUACAGGUUUCAGGGUGUAGCUCUACCGAGAUCUUUAAUUUUGAAUCAUUUUGCCUUUGGGGUACUAGAAGAUCGUGCAAAGUUAUUGAAUCCUGCACGAAUUCCUGGAACUCAAGUAGUAGAUAAUGAAGAUAAUAGUUUCGUAGCUAGUAUGACGGCGUAAACAGAAAAGUUUUUAAUAAAUUUAAUAAAGUAUAACAGUUUUUUUUAUAAUUUCUACAAAACCUGUAAAACUAUACCAGUCUUUGCAGCUCUUGUGUUUUUAUUUGAAGAAGGAACCUUAUCCUUUCUUUCUUGGAGGAGAUAUAAUUAGAAGUAGACAAAAUAAUCAAUUAGUAAUCGAGUGUUUUUAGAAAUUUCAUAAAUACUUGAUUAAGUGAAUAAUCAAAACUAAACCAUUUUAAUUAAAUAUUUUAAAUAAUAAAUUAUUUCUAUCGAUGAAUCUAAAUUAUAAAACGAUCGUUUGAUUACCUUAUUAAUAUGUAAUUAAAUUAGAUUUUUAGUAAUAAUUGAAAAAUAACAAUCGAAUAUUAGAUAGAAAUCAACUAAAUAAUAUUGAGUCCGAUUAUUCGGAAAUAUUGUACUGAAAUAACUGAUUAAAGGAAAAUAAUCGUUCUCUCGAUUAACCGAAAACAAUCAAUUAAUUUGGUAACCUAAUGAUACAUAUAACGUUAUGAUUUAUCGCAAAUAAUCGAUUGUUCUAAAAUAAUUUAUUAGUCGAUUCAUUGAAGAUAAUCGAUUGUUUUUAAUUAAUCGAGAAUUCUCGAAUAAUCGUAAAUAACCGAUUAAUCGAAAAUAAUCUAUUGAAUAAUCGAUUCUUAAAAAAACGAUUUUUAAUUAAUCGGUUAAUCUCAAAUAAUGGAUUAUUUAUUUUGAUAAUCUCCGAGCCCUAAUUAUAAAUAUAACAUUUGUAUCUCGAUUAAUAGAACAUAAUAGAUUGGUCUAAAAUAAUCGAUUAAUUAAAUAGUCGAAUAAUCUAAAAUAACAGAGUAUUUUUAAUUAAUUAAAAAUAAUCAAACUCUCGAUUAAUCGAAAAUAAUCGAUUGUGAUUAAUGGCAAAUAAUCGAUUAAUUGAAUAGUCGAUUCAUUAUUCUCGAUCGAUUGUUUUUAAUUUCUGCAUUAAUCCUAAAUAAUCGAUUAAUCGUUAAUAAUUAAUUAAUCGUAAAUAACCAAUUAAUCUAAUAAUUGAAUGAUCGAUUCACAAAAAACAAUUAUUUUUAAUUAAUCGGUUAAUCUCAAAUAAUGGAUUAUUUUUUAUUUGGACAAUCUCCCAGCCCUAAUUAUAAAUACAACGUUUAUAUCUCGAUUAAUCGAAAAUAAUCGAUUUAUCUAAAAUAAUCGAUUAAUUGUAUAGUCUAUUAUUUGAUUAAUUGAAUAUUCGAUUAAUUAAUAAAAUCGAUUACGCGAAAAUAUAUGUAUAAUUGAAUAAUCGAUUUUUUUUAUUAAUCGAAAAUCGAUCUCGUAAUUAAUCAAUAAUUGAUUCGUCGAAAAUGAUGGAUUGUUUUGUUAUACAAUAACUGAUUAAUGAAAAAAAAAUCGAUUAAUUGAAUAGUAGAUUAUUUUUAAUUAAUCGAACUCUCGAUUAAUCGAAAAUAAUAUAUUGAUCCACGCAUCGAAAAUAAUCUAAUAAUUGAAUAAUCAAUUCAUCGAAAAAAAUCGAUUAUUUUUAAUUAAUCGAAUUAUUUAUUUUGAUAAUCUCCCAGCUCUAAUUAUUAAUAUAACGUGAUUAAUCGCAAAUAAUUGAUCUAAAAUAAUCGAUUAAUUAGUCGAUUCAUUAUUAUUGAUGAAUCGAUUAUUUCCGAUCUAUUGUUUUUAAUUAAUCGAUAUCCUAAUUAAUCCUAAAUAUUCGAUUAAUCGAAAAUAAUAUAUUAAUUGAAUAAUCAAUUCAUAAAAAAAGGAUUAUUUUUAAUUAAUCCGUUAAUCUCAAAUAAUGGAUUAUUUAUUUGGAUAAUCUCCCAGCCCUAAUUAUAAAUACAACGUUUAUAUCUCGAUUAAUCGAAAAUAAUACAUUUAUAUAAAAUAAUCGAUUAAUUGAAUAGUCUAUUAUUUGAUUAAUUGAAUAGUCGAUUAAUUAAUAAAAUCAAUUACGCGAAAAUAUAUGUAUAAUUGAAUAAUCGAUUUUUUUAUUAAUCGAAAAUCG